GCGCGCAUGAGUGAGUGGAUGCGGGUGCGGCCUAUUGGUAUUGGGUAAUGCAAUGCUCGCAGACCGGAACAAAAAAGGCUGAAAACUGCACGGCAACAUCUUGGUGACAUCAGCGGUUCGCGGGACCGGUGUCACGCACGUUCCUCAGCUGAGCAUUCUCAGCAGCUCUGGAGGUGCAUUUCUGACUCCUCUCCUCCACCCUUUUCCAGCUUUUGGAUAGUUUUCCGAAGUACACAUGAGCUAGAAAAGGAAACAAGUCUAUAAAACAUCCCCAUAGCAACUAUGGACACUCUGAGCAGGACGGGCUGGUCACCACUCUCUGGUGACCCCAACACCACCAGCCCAUGCCUGGGGUACCUCACUCCCGGACACAGCACCUGCUCCCCAUCUUCCCCCUUCUUCUCCUACUCUUCCUCCUCCUCUCCGUUCUACCUCAACUCCUCGUCAGACGGGUCUGGUCAUAGCGUCCCGUUCCAGGGGAGUAGCACCGUGGUGACUGCGGUCAUCUCUCUGACCGUGUUCGUGGUUGGCCUGGUUGGAAACACCUUGGCCAUCUACGUGGUACUCCGCUACGCCAAGAUGAAGACAGUCACCAACAUCUACAUCUUCAACCUGGCGAUGGCAGACCAACUGUACAUUCUGGGACUGCCCUUCCUCACAACCCAGAACGUUCUCUCCUACUGGCCAUUUGGCAAAUUCCUGUGUCGUGUCCUGAUGACUGCGGACUCCAUGAACCAGUUCACCUCCAUUUUCUGCCUCACCGUCAUGUCAGUUGACCGCUACCUCGCGGUUGUCCACCCUAUAAGCUCUACAAAAUGGCGGAGGCCGCGGGUGGCAAAGCUGGUGAGCGCCGCCGUGUGGCUGCUGUCGUUCGUGGUCGUUCUGCCCGUGGUCGUGUUCUCGGAUGUCCAGGACACAUUCCAUUCGUGCAACAUGAACUGGCCAGAGCCUCAAGAUGUGUGGUCAACCGUGUUCAUCAUCUACACGGCCACUCUGGGCUUCUUUGGACCGCUGUUGGUCAUAUGCCUCUGCUAUCUUCUCAUUGUGGUCAAGGUGAAGUCUUCGGGGGUGCGGGCAGGCUUCACCAAGCGCCGGCGGUCAGAGCGUAAGGUCACCCGCAUGGUGGUGGUCAUCGUGGUGGUCUUUGUCCUCUGCUGGUUGCCUUUCUUCAUCAUCAACAUUGUCAACCUCAUCGUCAUCAUCCCGGAGUCUUCCAUGACGGCUGGCGUCUACUUCUUCUCUGUCAUCCUGUCAUACGCCAAUUCCUGUGCCAACCCUCUGCUCUAUGGAUUCCUGUCAGAUAACUUCAAACAGAGCUUCAGAAAGGUUCUGUGCGUGCGAAAGGCCAAUGGCGUGGAGGAUGGAGACCCCAGUGCCCCGAGGACCGAGAAGACGAGAGACGAGUCCUUCCUUUCGCCUAGGAACCAUGGCGAUGUCAACGGACACGCCCCACAGAGCAGCCAGGCAGUCCAAUUGGAAACUCGCUGUAGUCCAGGGGCAGAGCCAAGGCCCUCAGGGCCCACUGUAAUUGGCCAGUCCACGCUUUAAACUCUACUUUCUCUCUCUCUUCUUGCCUGUGUCUGUCUGACUCAUUCUUUAUGUCCCUCUCUCAUUCUUCCAAUUUCCUCCAACCCCCCUCUGCUCCUCUUGUUGCCUAUUGAAGGUGUCUCCUCACAUUCCAUCCACUCAUGCUGUUGCUGACCUGCACCCAACCUUCUUUCUGGGCCCCUCCCCUGCCCUAUGCUCCUCCUCCA